UCAGGUAUAUCAAGACAAACAAAACAAAUAAAAAUGACUGAUAAUCCAGAAAAAGUUAUAGGAAGUAUUAGUGGCUUUGAAAAAACCGACACACACUAUGCAAUAGAAUUUGAAACAGGCGAAAAAGCUAAUUUACAUAUUCUAAACGAUCAUGUCUUUAGAUAUUACAUGUCACCGAGUGGAGACUUUUUGGAUUAUCCCACACCAAUAAACCCAGACGAUGUUGCAAAAAUCGUUUCAAAAGAUAUUAAUGAUUACGGAUUCGAAGCAUUCAAGCAAUCGAUACGAAAAGAUACUACAACACAUUACAUUAUACGAACCAAAGAUGUAGUAAUAAUUUUCGAUAAGAUAAAAGCUACAAUGAAUGUUGUUGACUUAAAGACAAACAAAGAAGUCUUACACGAAAACAAACCUUUAUCUUAUACCGAUUGCGAAUCAAAACAAGUAUUAAAACAGCACGUUGAUGAAUACUUUUUUGGAGGCGGAAUGCAAAAUGGAAGAUUCAGUCACAAAGGAGAGAUUAUCUAUAUUGAAAAUACAAACGAGUGGAAUGACGGAGGAGUAACGUCUCCUAAUCCCUUUUAUUGGUCUACCUACGGAUACGGUAUCCUGAGAAACACGUGGCAAAAAGGCGUAUACGAUUUCAGUUACAAAUCAAAUAAUUCCAUAGAAACUGUUCACGACGGAGAAGAUUUUGAUGCGUAUUUUUUUAUAAAUAGCUUACCAAAAAAUAUUUUGAAUGAUUAUUACGAAUUAACUGGGAAACCGCUUUUGAUGCCUAAGUACGCAUAUUAUGAAGCGCAUUUAAACGCUUUUAAUCGCGAUUAUUGGGUAAAAGUUUCUCCAGACACUCGUGGAGCGAUACUUUUUGAAGAUGGAUAUUAUUAUAAAAGUUAUAAGCCAAACGAAAUUGGAGAUAAAAAAGGCAUUUUGGAAUCGUUAAAUGGAGAAAAAAAUAACUAUCAAUUCUCUGCUCGCGCUAUGAUAGACAGGUAUAAUAAACACGACAUACCGUUAGGUUGGUUUAUACCAAACGACGGAUACGGUUCUGGAUAUGGACAAACUGAUUCUUUAGAUGGGGACAUUCAAAAUUUGAAAGAGUUUGUAGAUUACUCUCUUAAGAAUGGCGUUGAAGUAGCAUUAUGGACAGAAUCUAAUCUUCAUCCUGUCGACCCAUUACAUCCUAAGAAAGGAGAAAGAGACUUAAGCAAGGAAGUAGGUGUAGCCAACGUAGUUGCACUAAAAUGCGAUGUUGCUUGGAUCGGUAGCGGUUACUCUUUUGGACUCAACGCUGUAGAAAAUGCAUCCAAAAUUUUUGAAAAAUCAACUAAGGACAAUAUCAGACCAAUGAUUAUAAUGGUUGACGGUUGGGCUGGUACGCAGCGCUACUCUGGCAUUUGGAGUGGCGAUCAAAAAGGUGGAGAGUGGGAAUACAUUCGAUUUCAUAUUCCAACUUAUAUAGGAGCAGGUCUUUCAGGUCAACCAGUCAUAGGUUCCGAUAUGGAUGGAAUUUACGCAGGCGGAAACAAAGAAAUUAAUAUUCGAGAUUAUCAAUGGAAAACUUUUACUCCUCUACAAUUGAACAUGGAUGGAUGGGGUAACACUCCAAAAACUCCCUUUAGUUAUGAUGAGGAAGCCACAAAAAUCAAUAGAGCUUAUUUGAAAUUAAAGUCGAUUUUGAUGCCUUAUAACUAUAGUCUAGGAUACGAAUCGACUCGUGGACUUCCCUUGGUCAGAGCUAUGUUUCUUGAGUUCCCUGAAGAAACUUCUGCUUAUACCAAAGAUUCCCAAUAUCAGUAUAUGUGGGGACCUAGUAUAUUGGUAGCGCCAAUAUACAACAACGAAAAAAGGAUGGAAAUGUCCGUUCGCAAUGAAAUUUAUCUUCCAAAUAAAAAUCAAGUAUGGAUAGAUUUUAUAACAGGAGAAAAGUAUCAAGGUGGCAAAAUUUACAACAACGUCCUAACACCAUUAUGGAAAAUUCCUAUAUUUAUAAAAGAAGGAUCUAUUAUACCGAUGACCAACCCAAACAACAAUCCUUUUGAAAUAAAAAGGGCCCUCCGAAAGUUUACUUUAUACCCAAAUGGAACUACAAGCUUUACUGUUUAUGAAGACGAUGGUAAAUCGGCUGAUUAUUUAAGAGGCGGUUAUGCUACAACUAAAAUAUUAGCAGACGGUCCAUCAUCUAAUGAAGUAGGGGAUUUACUUAUAACCAUAUUCAAAACUAAAAAAUCUUACAAAAAUAUGUUUAAAGAAAGAAGCACAUUGAUACAAUUAAUGGCAUCGGAAGAUGUUGAAAAUGUAAAGAUUGCUAUAAAUGGAGAAACAUUAAAAUUAUCGAAAGCUAAGACUUUAAUUGAAUUUAAUAAUGAGGAAAACGCAUACUUCUUCGAUGAAAACUUCUGUAUAAAUCCAUAUUUAAGUGAAUAUAGUGAUACAAAACAAAAAUUCUUAUUGAUAAAAAUCGAAAAACUCGACGUUACAAGGAGUGAAAUUCAAGUCAAAAUAAUAAAUUUUUCAAAUAAAAAAGAAAUCGUUGGAGUAUUUCCAGUAAUUACGACAUUAGAAAAACCGAAAAAUUUCGAAAUAAAAAAUGUAGUAAAAGAAAUCCUAUCGUUAUCAAUUUCUGUUCAAUGGGACGAAAAUAAACAAGCAGAUUGUUAUGAAAUCGAAAGAAAUGGCGUAGUGUUUACAAAUAUCAUAGGCAAUUCAUUCGAAUUUAAAGAUCUCGUGUAUGGUAGUAAAUAUGAAUUUAGAAUUCGAACUAUUUUAAACAAAUGCGCUUCUGAAUGGACCGACGCGAUAUCAGAUAUAGUGAUGAAUGACGAACUGAAAAAUAUUAUAACAGGCGUAAAAGUUGAAUGUAACUUGCCAUGCCAACCUUGUCAAGAAGUGAAUAAAUUAACCGAUGGAAAUUUGAAAUCGAUGUGGCAUACCGAUUGGAGGGAUGCUGGUAAAUCAAAUCCAAAAGAAGAAAAACAUAUUUCACUUCAUUUCGACUUGGGAGAUGUAUACGAAUUAGAUAGAGCAGAUUACACGCCUCGUAUUGACGCCGGAAAUGGUACAUUCCUUGUAAUUCGUUACCGUUACUCCACCGAUGGAAAAUUAUGGAGUGAUUUGUCUGAUCCUAUCCGAUUUAAACGAGAUAACUCGGUAAAAUCUAUCUUCUUUAAUGGAAAAGAGUUUAGAUUCAUAGAACUAACUAUAUUGGAAACUGUUGGCAAUUUCGGAUCUGGUAGGCAACUACGGUUUUUUAAAAAAUUAUAGUUACGAACACGUUUAGUACGUGGAAAUUGCAUUUAAUGUUAAAUACUUUAUUAAGCGUCCUAUUUUUAACAUAACAAUAAUUAACACGAAGCUAUCACAUGCUAGAUGUAACGAUAGAA